CUUACCGCACCACACACACACCCCACGCAGCCGAACCAACCAGCUGAGACCACCCCCUGCCAUGGCCGCCGCCGCCUCCACCGUCUCCGGCCUCGCCGGCGCCGCCCUCGCCCACCGGCCGGCCUUCUCUACCGGCUUCACGACGGGCGCCCGGGUGUCGGCGAGGAACCCGCUGAUGACGAGGAACCUGGAGAGGAACGGCAGGAUCACCUGCAUGACGUUCCCACGGGACUGGCUGCGGAGGGACCUGAACGUGAUCGGGUUCGGGCUGAUCGGGUGGCUGGCGCCGUCCAGCGUCCCGGCGAUCAACGGCAACAGCCUGACGGGGCUCUUCUUCUCCAGCAUCGGCCAGGAGCUCUCCCACUUCCCCUCCCCGCCGCCGCUCGACUCGCAGUUCUGGCUGUGGUUGGUGACAUGGCACCUCGGGCUCUUCCUGGCGCUCACCUUCGGACAGAUCGGGUUCAAGGGCAGGACCGAGGGCUACUUCGACAAGUGAACGAUGGAUGUGUGUGCGCACCACACACACACCCUUCCUUGUAUAGGGCUCUGAUUUGAUCCUUCUGCGAUAUAUGUGCGCUGUUGCCAUGCUCAACCCGUUAAAAUUUUUAAAGUACAACGUUUGUGUUGUGGUUUAAUUUUUCACGAGGUUAUAUGAACGACGCGCAUACACCACUA